AUGACAUCCGAUCGGCUAGAUCUUGUAGUGCUUGGAGCUUCCGGCUUCACUGGGAAGCAUGUCGUAAAAGAGUUACAAAGAAUAGCCAUCGAUUAUCCAGAAGUUACAUGGGCUAUUGCUGGCAGGAGUCGAGAGAAAUUGGAAACUCUAUUAAGCGAUGUUGGUAAGAAAAUUGGUAAAGAUUUAUCGCAAACAAAAAUCAUAAUAGCGGAUGUAAAUGAUAAGCAAUCAUUGAUGGCAAUGUGCUCUCAGACCAAGAUUCUUAUAAACUGCUGUGGACCUUUUGUGAAGUAUGGAGAGAAUGUUGUUUCAUCCGCUGUUAUCUGCAAAACACAUUAUGUGGACGUCAGUGGGGAAAUACAGUUUAUAGAACAUAUAGAGGAAACGUAUGACCAACCAGCAAAAGCCGCGAAUGUUUUUAUAAUCAACGCCUGUGGCUUGAGCAGUAUACCAGCAGAUUUAGGGGUGUCGUUUUUAGAAAAGAAUUUUAAUGGAACGUUAAAUUCGGUGGAAUCCUAUUUAUCAACACACUUCCCUGCUAAGAUGAUACUUGAGAGCUGUCGCAGCGGCAUCGUGCAGUACAACAGCUGGGAGUCUAUCAUAAAUAGCAUGGCUGAUUUGUCACUAAAAAAGUUGAGACAGAAAUCAACUAUUCAAAUGGAACCGGAGGUAAAACAAAGAUGGGUGGUUUAUAAAAAUUUUAAUAAAUGGAAUCUGCCAUAUCCCGGAGCGGAUUCGUUUGUUGUCGAUCGAACACAGCGCCAUCUUUUCUCGACGGAAGGAAAACGUCCAGUUCAAUAUAGACCGUACAUAACGUUCGGAUGUAUUUUUUAUGCAUUAGGUGCAAUUAUUGGGGGUCUAUUUUUGUUAUGUUUAUGUAAAAUAUCGUGUACGAGAAGAUUUUUACUUAACUAUCCAAGACUUUGCACAUUUGGUUUUGUGACAUAUGGACAUCCUAAAGAAGGAAUGAUGGACGGCUCAAGCUUUCAGCACGAAAUGAUUGGCAGAGGUUGGGAUAAAAAUACUAAUGUUUCUAACAAGAUGAAUAAACAAGUUGUCGCUAGAAUUAGUGUGUCAGGAGCAGAUCCAGCUUAUGUCGGAACAGCGAAUGCUGUUAUAUUUUGUGCUCUAACUAUUUUGAAGGAAAAGGACAAAAUGCCAUUCACUGGCGGGGUGCUGACUGCUGGCGCCGCCUUCAAAAAUACAAAUAUUGUAAAGCACUUACAAGAAAAUGACAUUAAAUUUGAAAUUGUAGAGAGUAAAUUCUUACCA